AUGGAUCGUAGAAUUAAGGAUGUGGUGGACCGGAACGUCGAUUUGUAUGCGUUACUGGGAUUGGAUUUAACAGAGGUGGCCAAUCGUGGAGGACCACAAGCGAUAACAACGGAUGAAAUUAGGAGUAAAUAUAAGCAAAUGGCAUUUGUAUAUCACCCAGAUAAGAAUACGAACGAUAGUGACAACAGUAAGUUCCACGAGAUUAGUGUGGCCAUACAGAUACUCACUGACAAAUCAUUGAGAGAUGAAUACGAUCAUUGGUAUCAUCGUAAGAAUUUUUUACAGAAGAAGCAAGUAUCUGAAACAAGUAUAUAUAGGAAUGCGGACUCUAUUGCUGCUGUUCAGGAGUAUGGAGAGAUGUUACGCAAAAUGAAGCAUUUCAAGGUUCCGUUCGGAGAUUGGUCUCUUACGGAAACAAACGCUUCCACUAAAGAUACUGAAUCAACAGAAGAUAAUAAUGAUGAUAUUGAUUUGGGAUCUCAUUUCUAUGAUUCGGCUACAUUACGAUUAGAAUUUGAUGGUGAUCCAGUUGCUUUGUCAUCGAUCUUGGAAAAAUCACAAUUACAACGGUUUCUCUUCGAGACAACGACGUCUAAGAUUGGCAUAGAUGAUAUACAUGAUAUUUAUUACUCUAGUAGGAACGAUCCAAAGCAACGUAUUAUUGUUUCAUAUAUUGAGUGUGUGACACCUGAGAGGGCUGUGUCCUUGUUACGAUCGUGGCAGAAUGACCCGACGGUUUUUAGCACAGAUACUCGGAUCAAACUUUCUUCAAUGACUCCAAGAGUGCCAACUCACUAUUAUCAUGAUGUAGAUAUCUCACCUACGGAAUUGGAUCCUCAGAUCAUGGCAGCCAUCAGAAGACAAUUGGAUUCUAACGUUUCAUCAUAG